AUGGCGUAUCCAUACCGCCGUGCUACGAAAUCCCUCGGAGAGAAGCCGAUGGUGUGGCCCAAGCCGGCGCACUUACGUAGCACUAUAUGGGCAAAUCGUAUGCGUUUCGCGCUCGCGGCAGACUUGCUGCGCGGACGUUGCCGUGCCGUGGACUCGGCGCUAGUCGCUUCACACGCACAUAUGACCACAAACAACAAAGCGUUACAGGAAGCCUGUAGUCUUCUGGAGGAGCAACUAACCGAUCUUGAGAAGCUUGCAGAUCUCCAUGAACUCAAAAACAAAGACCUUGAGAAUGAAUUAGCUCGUACACGAUCGGAACUGGAGUCUACCAGAUCCAAGCUGUCGGAGAGCGAGCGCGUGUCGGCGUCGCGCGCGGCGGAGGCGGCGCGCGCCGCGCAUCUCGCCGACGAGGCGCAGGAGCAGCUGCGGCUGGCCACCUCACAGUUACAGAUCAUGCGGGAGCGGCUAGACAAUCGCGAGAGUCUGGUCUCGGAGUUGGAGGGUGAGGUGGCGCGCGCUGCGGACGAGGCGGCGGCGCGCGCGGCGGCGCUGGACAGCGCGGCGCGGCGCCUGCGUGACCUGCAGGAGGAGGCGGCGGCGCUGCGCACGCGCGCGCACCACCACCACGCGCACGCGCUGCAGCUGCAGGCCGCGCUCGCUGACGCGCAGGAGGAGGCGGAGGCGGCGCGCGAGGCGCACGCGGCGGCCACGGCGUGGUGGCGCACGCGCGAGACCAAGGCCGACGCCACGCUGCGCCAGCAGGCCAAGCUUAUCGAUUUCUUGCAGGCAAAGGUAGAGGAGGCAGGACGUAAGAAGUGUUCGCUGGGCAACAAGCUGUUCGGCCGCUCCGGCCGCCGCGCCGCCGCCUCGCCGCCGCUGCUCAGGGUCAAUAGAGAGUUAAGGGAGGAAGUUGAGCGUCUAAGAGCAAAACUUGCCGCUGCAAAUGCUAAUUGCGAAGCAAAUUUCCCGCCAACGCCGAGACGUGAUCGUCGAUCUGAUAAACCAAAGAAAAUUGUACCUAGCACAUUUGACUUAGACUUGCCUGAAGACACAAAGGAUACUUUACUCAUAAUAUGGUCCGACGGGUCCCGCGAGCGCAUGCAGGCGCGCUUCGCCGACGGCGCGCUGGAGCUGUGCAGCGGGCAGCGGCGGCUGCGCGCGCGCCUCGUCUCUGCCGACGUUAAGAACUUGCCCCACAAUGAAGCCAACCGUGCCUUUACUGUAAGGUUCGAGCACUGUGAUCGUGGCGAUGAUGCAGCAAUAGUGUGCUCGACCAUAGAGGAACGUUCUCAGUGGAUAAAAAAGCUCACCCCCGGCCCCACCGCCGGGUACAAUCCGCCGGCCAUAUUGCAGUCGCAAGCAGAACCUACCACUGCUUUGUACGUCGCACCCAACGCUAUAGCCAUAGGUUGCUCCGACGGGCUCCACUCGCUGCGCGGCCCGAUCGCCCUGGAGUGCGACGAGGAGGGGUCCCCCGCGGGCGCGGCGGGCGUGCAGCUGCUGGCGGCGGCGGCGGGGCGCGCGCUGCUGCGGCGCGGCGCGCGGCUGGCGCAGGCCGCGCUGCCCGCGCUCGCCUCCGUGCUGCGCCGCGCCGCGCCGCUGCACGCCGCCUUGCCGCUCGCGCGCGUGCGUCUGUCGGACAACACAGCGCCGCAUAUACUCACUGGGCUUCCCGAGGCAGCCGACGGUCUGUGCGCGGCCGUCGCCUGCGGUCGCCGCGUGUAUCUCCUGCGCUUCGACGCGAGCUCCGCCGAGUUCAAGACGGCGCGCUCGCUCACCGUCGACCGUCCGCCGAACUCGCUGCUCCUCACUAAUCAAGCACUAUAUAUUGCCGGGGAAAAACCUUUGAAAAUUAACCUGCCUUCGGGAGCUUUGGAGUCUUUUGGAAUUGAAGAACCCAUAGUAGCUGCUGCCUUUAAGAAACACUCCCCGCCAAAAGCAAUAAUACAAAUUCGAAGGAAGCCCAUAGAAAUACUGCUCUGUUACGCGGAGUGUGGCGUUUUUGUCGAUGAAAACGGAAAACGAACAAGAAACGAAGAUCCUAAAUGGAGCUCUGCAGUUCAUGGAUGGGAAUAUGUUAGUCCAUUUUUGUACGCCGCGGGCGAAGAUAAAGUCACAAUUAUUUAUAUUAAUGACGAAACGUACAAGGCGCCGCCUUGCACCUGCGAUACGGCGUCUCUCACGUCGAGCGCAUCAGAAUGCUAUCAACCCGAAAUAUUUAAUUUCAAAGUCAACGAGCCAUAUUUGUUGGGAACAACUACUAACGGUGUCAUAAUAAGAUCUAAGGUUGACGAUGAAUACAAAGUGAUAAUUGUUGAAGGUGCGGCGGCUUUUCGUAGUAUAGGCACGUCGCUGGAGUCGCUAGACACGUUCUCCGACUCAAAAGGUUCCUCCUCCGACUUGGCACAAUCUCUCACAGAUUUAUCCCCACACGAUGAUUCUAAAGAAAGCGUAGAAUUGACAACUGGAUUUCUAGCUGAUAUAAGACAGAGGGCGCGGCAAUUACGGACGAAACAGCGAGAGAAAAUAUCGCCCGAUGAUGUCAUAAAGCAAAUUUUGACUUCAGAAGUUGGUUUAAAGCGAACAUCUAAUGGAAGGAAAUCCCCAGCUGUUAUAUCAGAAUGUGAAACUGAAUCGGAAUUUGAGAGUGAAGAGGGGACUGGCUCUACCAAAUGUACUGCAGAUGUGUGUGCUGAAAUGUUCACCAGACAGGUCAAUAAAUGCAAGCAA